AGUACCGUGGUCUGCGACUGCGACUUUGCGUAUAUUUCAACCUUCCUCCAAAGCACCUGCUAGAAUUAAACUAAAGAUACCUAUACAAUGGUAUAAAAUCCUACGUAUCAAGAUUGGAAUCCCUCCCCUCAAAACCCUCAAAACCCUCACAAAUCAACCUACCAAGAUACCCACCGAGGGUGAGGCGUUCCGCACUAUCGAGUUCACGCAUCCGGGACUCGUCACUUGGACUAGAGCCCGUCGCUCGCGCCCAUGCGCCCUACUUCUCCGAAGCAACGAGCACUGAACCAUUGCUGAACGGACGUUCUUAUUAAUCUUAGCUGGUGGACCCAUCUACCUGUUGUACCAUUUGCGCUUAGGUUGAAACCUAAGACACCUAGGUACUCCGUUUCCAUCCCGUCCACGGAUAUUUGGGAUACCUGGGUACCUUAGCUUGCACCCUGCUCCUAAGAAAAAGGGCUGUGCUUCGCAUGUUCAUUCACGGACCAAACAAUGGCUUCUACAAACUCUCCUACGGGAGCCUUUCACCGUAAACCGCUACCUGAACAGUCCCCAGUCGGGGACAGGCCGCCAAGUCUACCAAGCCUCCCGCUGAGUUCAGCGUCACCUGAGCAGGCAGUAGACGGAUCUCCAAAAUCAAAUUCAAACGACCCCUCUGAAAAUACCGCUUACCUACCGUCCGUUCCGACUGAAAGUAGAGACUCCUCCGAAAAUGAUGCGACAAGCUCUACAGCGAACAAGCUACGCAAACCCGCACCGGUGACGGACAAGGCACCGUUAUCUGACGCCGAUGACACAAUCACCGCUCCGCAGCGAGGAUCGACUUUUCAUUUCUUGGAGACCAAGUCAUCUCCCCGUCUUAAAAAAGACCCGAGACGGCGGAGUAGCUCUGUUGCAAGUAGUGCCCAUAAAGCAUCAAGUUCUCAGGUCAACCUCGGCGUACCUCAACCUAGUUCGCCGACUCCCGAAUCCAGGACUCGAAGCGUGUCCGCACAGCCGCCCGUUACGAGACCGGCUACAGGCUCGGGGAGCCUGACUGUCUCUGCAGUCGCAACCGGUGCGUCCCGCCCAGGGUCGAGCGGUGGAAAUGAAAGUCCCACGCGGGAGGCGGAACGACGAGGACGCUUAAGAAGAAGUUGGCUGCCGGGAGCAGGAGCAAGGUCAAGGUCACAUUCGCGGAGCCAAACUAAGACGGUUCAUACUUCGGCAGCAUGGAUACUAGGGCAGAAUUCGGAUUACAACACAUCCUUUCUCUCAGACGGAGAAAAGGUCCCAGAACUAUGGAAUGAGAAUGGAAAUGUGCUGGUCUAUCUGGAUGCCAAGGGAAGUGGCGGCAAUCCCUCUUUCAAAGUCCCUUCCUUCGUCGUGGACUAUUCAUUAGUCUUCAAUGAGCUGAUGGAAGCUGAGAUAACAUCGCCUACAAGCUCAGGGAGGAGUCGUGCCCGCAGUUUUACUGGUCGAGAUAGCUUGUCUGUGGAAGAUGCAACGCGACGAGUCCAGUCGCCCCCUCUAUCCGAACCAGAUGUGUAUGGGGAGUCACGUCUCUAUCUUCCUGUUUCCAUGUCCGACCCAGGUCACAGGUCGCACGCAGACAUGGAGCGGUUGAUAUCGAUCCGCAAUAUGUUCGCGUUUUUGACGGGCCAACCGUUGGUGUGUACUAAUGAACAGCCUACGCUCUUCAGUGUCUUUAUCAACAUAUCCAGUCUACUGAAGGAAUUCGGGUUCACAAAUGUUGAUGGAUCGACAUUUGGAGAUGCUGUGGAGAUGAGUUUCGGCUUCUUCAUGGACCAGAUGGGCCUUGCGGAUGUAAGACAUAGCAGAGAGAAGACUCUAGAAUCACUCAUUCUGGGCGAGCGAAUGCGCUCGAUGCCUCUAUAUAAUGAGGCAUUUACUCACGCCGUGGGCAAAUACUCCGCAAUCAGGGACCUGAAUUCUCCCCUAUGGGAGCAAGUUUCCCUCACUACUCGCGAACGACUAGAACGCGCAUAUUUCGAGCUGGUAAACCGCCAGAACAGUGUUAAUAAUAGACUAGAGACGUUUGAUUUCCCAGCCUUAUUUUCUGGUGUCGCGAAUUCGACGUCCCGUUCGGAGUACAAGGAUGUCAAAUACCAUACCUGGAGAAGAUCGUUCGGUCGCAUGAGACAAUUUGUUCUCAACUACUAUAAAUCUACUUUCGGGAGUUGGCCACCGAAGGCCCGCAGCAAGAAAAACCCAUUCACCGAGAGUGGAUUGAAUAGGCAGGUCUUGAAGAUAAUGUACUCGGAUUUCUGUAUGCUAUACGACCUACUCGUGGAUCGUGAAUCGUUGACGACACGAGUGAUCGACCAAAAUGCAGAAGAGACGACUAGCCACAAGAAUCCCCAUCUGUCGGCCAUGCGCAGGGUUCUCACCGAGUUUGACCAAUCCUCGCCUCCUGUGCUUCCCCCCAUUCCGUUCGAUCUUCCUAAAUUACCCGACAUGACGAGUGUCCAGGAGAACUUCUAUGAGCUUUCUGCUAAGGAACAAUCGCGAUUGGGCAAUAACUUGCAGGAAUAUCAAACUCUCUUGAUUUUGAACAAAGCCUACGACUUUGAAACGUUCAAGUUGGACUAUCCGUUCCUCAAGGAGUUCAUAGAUUUUGAAUACAAAGAAGCCAAAGGCAAAACGGCUGCGGAAAUGGCAGACCAACGUCUUGGUUACUGGUUAUUCCUUUACGUUGUAAUCCAAUCCCUCCCAAUGCUGGUAGUGGAUGCUCCAGGCCUGCAGUUUACUGAAGGCGUCGAAUAUUUCCUCUGUCAGCCACCAAAGGGUCAGCCACCAUGGAUAGAAGAUGCCCCCGCGGUGCGCAAGAGAUGGUACGAAGUAGCUGGCGGAGGUGUGGUUGAGCUUUCGGCCGAUGCCGUAGAGUUCAGUAUCGAGGGUAUCUACCAUCGCAGCCACUGCUGGCUAGUAGCUAAGCGCUGGGAGCUUGGAGAAGACAUCGGUCCUGUGGCUCCGGAAGGCCUCUCGCCUCUGCCACCGCCACAAUCCGUUUUUGCCGAUAAUGACCCGGGCGUUUCGGCGAGUCCGCCUUUAGCCAACCGGAGCGAUUCUCCCCAGAGCGGCCCUCCUGGUUUGGCACUUAGACAGAGAACUGGCUCGCCUGGCGGCAGGAAUCCGAACUACCGAAGCAGUGUAGCUUUCGGCCUAGAGCCUAUAGCGAUGCCUGACGAAGACUUUUCAAUGCUGGGAGCACGAAUCUCUAGUGCCAGGGGUCCAUCUCCAGUUCAACGGCCAAUCAGUACUGUGAUGGCUCGUAGCAGAUCCUCGGGCAAUCUACAUGGUCUACCGGGUUCUCCUAUCCAACUGCCUCAAGACUCGCGGAAUAGUUCGAGGCAAGGUUCUGUAGGAGGAAGCACUUUUGAUGACAUCCUAAAAGAUAUGGAGAAAAAGCCGAAGAAAAAGAAGGGUUUCUUUUAAUUUGGGGAGGGGAUCACGAUUUAUGAUUUUCUACUUCUUUCCUAGGGAAAUAAGGAUUUAUCUUUUUUUCUCUCAAGGCAGAAGCAUGCAUGGUUUGAAUAUAUCAACCUAUAAUGGGCAUAUACAGGAGAUCGGGGGGAAAUCAUAUAUAUAUGUAUCUAUAUACACAUACAUAGUAAUACUUGCAUAAAACGGACUUCGAUGCCAUGAUCGUCGGCCUCGAGGACGUUUGCUGAUUUGACUAAUAAGUAUAUCAUUAUUUACCUGUUA